AUGUUUGGGAAGGAUGAGAAGUAUGGUAGUAUGAAUUCAAUAUCAAAAUAUGCAGAUGACGAUACUAGAGUGGACUUUUGUGAAAGCAUGGAUGAGCAAUGCAGAAAGGGAAGACGUCCGGGAGUGUCAUAUGCAGAUUUGAUAACAGAGGCGAUUGAAAGCAGUGUAGAAGGAAUGCUAACACUCAAAGAAAUAUAUUCUUAUAUUGCAUUGAAGCAUCCAUACUUUUCUCUCAAGAAAACGGGCUGGCAAAACUCUAUUAGGCACAACCUGAGUCUCAACAAGUCGUUCUACAAAGUCCCAAGGACAUCUGUAAAUCCGGGUAAAGGCUCAUUCUGGAAGAUUAACUAUGAGUUCCAAAGCAAUAAGAGCACACAGAGAAACUGUAAGCCCAGGAAUAAAUAUCCAUUCAAUGCCAAUCGCACCGCAAGCCUAGGAAAAGGCAUCAAUUCAAUUUCUGAGCUUCUUGGAUCCCAGCAGGGAUUUUUUGAUAACAUUGGUGUUACCGAUGUUCCAUUUGAGAGGCACACGACAAUAUUCGACGGAAACCUGACAAGUCUUGGGGAUUGUCUUGACCAAGCAUACCAAAAGGAGUAUUAUCAGGAACAUGCAGAAGACUCGUCGUGUUCAAAUUAUAUCUUCUCGUUCAAAUAA